CUUCCGCUCUGGUCUCAUGCAAAACUAGCUCCUGGUGAUUAGCCACGUCAUGUAAACUUAGCAGUGGAGCAGCUGUCAAACAAACCCGACAAGGCUUGUACUUCGCAGCGAGUUUGAGUCAUUUUCACAGAAUAGGCUUUGUUUCGGCUCGAUCGGUUGGCAGGAGUCCUAUGGAAAGAUGUCAGACAUCGGGGACUGGUUCAGAAGCGUCCCUCUCAUCACCCGGUAUUGGUUUGCUGCUUCGAUCGCUGUUCCCUUCAUCGGUAAACUAGGGUUGAUUGACUUUAGGAACCUUAUGCUGUUCCCGGAGCUGGUGUUUAGCAGAUUCCAGCUCUGGAGACCAGUGACAGCCACCCUUUAUUUCCCCAUUACCCCAAACACGGGGUUUCUAUACCUGGUCAACCUUUAUUUUCUCUACCAUUACUCCACUCGGCUAGAAACAGGAGCAUUUGAUGGCCGGCCUGCAGACUAUGUCUUCAUGCUCCUUUUCAACUGGAUCUGCAUUGUGAUAACGGGGCUGCUGAUGGACAUGCGGCUGCUGAUGAUCCCAAUGAUUAUGUCAGUGCUGUACGUCUGGGCUCAGUUCAACAAAGAAACAAUCGUGUCCUUCUGGUUCGGAACUCAGUUCAAGGCACAUUAUCUACCUUGGGUCAUCCUGGUCUUCAACUUUAUCAUCGGAGGCUCGUUUGUGAAUGAGCUGACAGGCAACCUGGUGGGCCACCUCUACUUCUUCCUCAUGUUCAAAUACCCCUUGGACCUGGGAGGACGCUGCUUCCUCUCCACACCAGAGUUCUUAUAUCGGUACUUUCCCAACACAAGAGGAGGAGUAUCAGGGUUCGGAGUUCCUCCGACCAGGAGGCCUGUUCCCCAGGAGCCAGCAGCGGGUGGAGGAAGGGGACGCUACAACUGGGGACAAGGCUUUCGCCUCGGGGGAGAAUGAGAACUGCUCUUCCUCAGCUCCCACUAACAAACAGCUGAGCAGUUAUUUUUAUUUUGUUUUUUUGGUUCGGCUAAAAUUCUUGCUUCCUCCCAUUUUCUGUUUGAGAGGGGGAAAAGAAACUUUACCUCGACUUUGAUGUGUGUUAGAUUUUAAAUGAUGCUACAGGAUGAAAUCAGAGGAAGCGUGUGUUUUAACCACAACUGCUCUGCAGGACUCAGACUCCGGCUGUAGCCUCCCUCCAGCCAGCUCUACGGUUUUUACUGCUGCACACACUUUAAGCAGACGGACGGCACAAACAAACGCUAAACGCCGACCUCUCAUUACCACCUUUCCUGUCCCCUGCUGCCGUUGUCCCGCCGCCACUCGCCAUCGCAGCGUGGAGAUGAGAGAUGCUGCAGCUGCAGAGAAGCACGCUGUGGAUGGAGGCCCCUCCCCCUCCCUGUGAUGCCAUAUCAGAUUACACAGUAAUUAUCAACGAGUGCACCAUCAGCCAUCCUUCAGCAGAAGAAGAGUGAAGCUAUUUAAAUUGUGUAGCUCCUAGGUCUGAGAUUCCAUAUGUGUAAAAUAUUUUUGAGCCUACUGGGUAAAGAGCUGAAACUUUGUCCAUCAUAAAGACACCAUCGAAGAGGUGAAAAUGAAAUGUUGCUCUUUCUUUGUAAAUACAGCUGUUUAUUGAAAAGAUGAGUCGGGGUGUGUUAAUUUUUAAAGUUGCCUUACUGCAAUGCUUUGGAUAAAAUAAACUAUUAGACUAUG